AAACACCACCCUUCACAUAUAUAAGUCCCUUUCGUAAGGACUGCUACAUUUGAAAUAAAGUCAGGCUUCAUAUGUGGAUAGCUAGCUCUCAAAGCACAGAGUGAAUAUCACAUUGAAGAGAGUGAGAUAUGAGUUUCAAGAACAAAGAAUCGUUGAUACACCUUAUUGGCCUUGUGUUUCUCGUUGCGCAGUGUCUUUGCAUGGUCGAAGGCAAGGUCCAUUUCUAUGAGUUCGUUCUUACAGAGAAAAAUUUCACAAAGCUGUGUAACACAUCGAGAAUAUUAGUUGUAAAUGGCAGUAUUCCAGGGCCUGUAAUACGGGUUCACAAAGGGGACACAGUGUAUGUCAAUGUUCACAAUCACGGUCAUUAUGGGGUGACCAUUCACUGGCAUGGUGUAAAGCAACCAAGAAAUCCAUGGUCAGACGGCCCAGAAUACAUCACGCAGUGUCCUAUUGAACCAGGAUCAAACUUCACCUAUGAAGUCAUAUUUUCUACUGAGGAGGGAACUCUUUGGUGGCAUGCACAUAGCGAUUGGACACGAGCCUAUGUUCAUGGUGCCAUUGUCAUCUUGCCUGCUAUUGGAACAACUUAUCCAUUUCCCAAACCAGAUGAAGAAGAUAUCAUUGUUCUUGGUUCAUGGUAUAGUGGAAACUUAAAAGCCUUAGUGGAUGAUAGCCUAUAUUAUGGAAGUGACUUGCCACACUCUGUUGCUUUCACCAUAAACGGCGAACCAGGAGACUUGUGUCCAUGCUCCAAAGAAACAACAUACCAUCUAAAGGUUGAUCAAGGCAAGACCUAUCUUCUUCGUCUAGUCAACGCAAUUGUCGCUGCAGAUAUGUUCUUUGCAGUUGCUCAACACAAUCUCACAAUUGUUGGAAUGGAUGCACAUUAUAUCAAACCUAUAACUACUAGUUACAUCAUGAUAAGCCCAGGACAAACCAUGGAUAUCCUACUCACAGCAAAUCAAAGUCUUGGCCAAUAUUAUAUGGCUGCUCGACAAUUUUGGAGCCAAAAUGUAAAGGUUACAGUUUUCGACCAUGUCAAUACCACUGCAAUCAUCGAAUACAAGGGAAACUAUACCAUCCCAUCAUCUCCUUCCUUUCCAAGUACACUUCCCAUUUACAAAGACUUGAAGGCUGCCAUAGAAUUCUCAAAGAAUUUUAGGAGCUUAGCAAGCAAAGAACAUCCAGUAAAUGUUCCCCUAAACGUAACCACCAAAAUGUAUAUAACACUUUCUAUAAGUGACAUUGCUUGCCGAAAUAGCACAUGUACAUCAAAAGGUAAUGGUACUGAUAUACUGGCUACAAGCGCGAAUAACAUAAGUUGGAGUAGUCCAAUUGCUACCAAUAUACUGCUUGCUUACUACAGAAAUAUUAGUGGGGUUUACACUACAGAUUUCCCAGACGAACCCCUUUAUUAUUUUAACUUCACAGCUGACGAUCUUCCAGAUGAUAUUGCAAUAACAGACCUUGGGACCAAGGUGAAGGUGUUGAAUUAUAAUGACGUAGUUGAGGUUGUUUUUCAAGGUACCAAUUUGAGGGAAGGCGCUGGGACUCAUCCAAUCCAUUUGCAUGGGUAUAGCUUUUACGUGGUUGGAACAGGUUUUGGAAAUUAUAAAGACGAAACUGACCCAAAAGAUUUUAAUUUGGUUGAUCCAGUCGAAGUGAAUACCAUCGCUGUCCCUAAGAAUGGAUGGCUUGCCAUCAGAUUUAUUGCAAACAAUCCAGGUGUAUGGUUUUGGCAUUGUCAUUUAGAUAGACAUAUGACCUGGGGUAUGUCAGCUGUUUUUAUUAUAAAGAAUGGAGACACUGCUGAGACAAGCAUCCGUGAACCCCCUCCUUACUUGCCUCCAUGCAAAGUUCCAUUACGAUCGUGGCUCCAAAACAAUGACGGAUCAAAUGAAAAAGAAAAUUAAUCCGAUUUUUCUCUUAAUGCAUUCAUCUUUAUCUACUUAUGUAAUAAUUUUGUUAAAUGUUUUAUUGCAUUAAUUAA